AGAUAUAUAGAAAGGUAGUACAAGUCUAAUCAGUAAUUAUGUGGCAUUAGCUUGGUUAUUGCAAGCGCUAUUGUGUUUUUUUCUAACUUGGAUAAAAUGUCGAAGGCUACCGCUGACAAGAAUGCACAUGAGGAAUUUACUCAUACUGACGCCGACGACGACUGUGAGGAUGGUCGACCAUUUGAUGACAGUUCUCCUUUAAUUGAAAGUGGGUCAUCUAACUCUGUGUGCCGAUAUGUUUACUUCAGCCAUUUCCUGUCUGCUUGGGGUGCCCGGAUGUGGCAAUUUGGUGCAGGGCUAUUUCUGGUUAUCAUCAAUCCGGACUCUUUGUUGCUUACUGCUGUGUAUGGGUUUGUUAUGGGUGCAGCCAUGUUGGUACUGGGGCCACUGGUGGGCGACUGGGUGGACAAUACUCCAAGAUUAUCUGCUGCACGUUCGUCACUGAUUGUACAAAAUCUUAGUAUAGCAAUGUGCUCUGUUGUCGUGUAUUUUGUGAUAAUUUACCGCACGGAUAUAGAGGAACAGUGGCCAGAUAAAUCACUUCUGACUCUAUGUUUUGGUGUUAUUAUUCUUAUUUCCACCAUUGCACAGUUGGCAAGCUCUGCAAACACGAUAGCGGUAGAGAAAGAUUGGAUAGUUGAAAUAUGUGGCUCAAACACUGACCUUCUUGCAACAACUAGUGCCAUUUUAAAGAGUAUAGACCUAAUUACGAACAUCGUUGCUCCUAUUGUAACUGGACAGAUCAUGGCGUUUGCUUCAACUGAAGUCGGUGCUCUUUUUAUUGGAGGAUGGAAUGUUGUCUCGGUUUUCCUAGAGUAUUAUCUUCUUUGGAAAGUUUAUAAUGUAGUCCCUGCAUUAAGAGCUAAGAAAGAGAAAUGUCGAGUUGAGAAAGCAGCCGACAUCAAACACGAAGUAUCCAUUUCUUGCACUUCCUGUAUGAAAAGAAUUCUGGGUACAUUCGUCACGCUUGCACGUGGUUGGAAAACUUACAUGAAGUAUGACGUAGCGUUUGCAGGUUUAGGUCUGGCCUUCUUGUUCAUGACAGUGCUCGGGUUUGAUAACAUUACUGUGGGUUUUGCAUAUACACAAGGCGUGAACGAAUCUGUCAUGGGGGCAUUAAUGGCAGCCGGAGCUGUAAUGGGAAUUCUUGGAAGUAUAAUUUAUCCGCGCAUGCGCAGUCUUGUAGGGCAACAGCGGACAGGACUUUAUGGACUACUUUUUCAAACAACUUUCCUGACAUUAUGUGUAGCUUCCGUGUGGGCACCGGGGUCUCCGUUUAUUCUCCAUUAUAACAAAGAAGAAAAACUUACACUUCAAGAACUGAAUAAGACGACAGAGUUAUCUUUCUUGAAUAUGUCAACAUCCGGUCAGAGUACGUCUGCUACCAACACUACACGAGGAUCGACAGACAAUGUUUGGCAAGACUACAUAUCUAUAGGCUUGCUUAUGACAGGAAUAAUUGGAGCUCGUUGUGGCUUAUGGAUGACAGAUUUGACAAUAACUCAGCUGUUUCUAGAGACUGUCGCGGAACAAGAACGUGGAAUCGUGUUCGGUGUUCAAAAUUCCCUGAAUCAGCUCAUGGACACGUUGAAAUUUGUCAUGGUGAUUGUGGCACCGGAACCGGAAGUGUUCGGUCUUCUCGUGUUAAUUUCGUUUGCUUUCGUUCUGAUUGGAUGUGCGCUGUACGCCAAAUAUUCACACAGUGUCAGAGGUCAUUUGUUUCAUGCGUUCGAUAAAUUAAAGGCGUUAAAACGUGUCGAUAAAAAUACAUUGCUUUCUGAUAAUUUUGUCACUUAUACCAAAAGAUAUUCCGAUUUUACAGAAUAAAUUUUUGAAAUCACA